AUGACCACCAAGUUUGCAAAGCUGGAGAAGUUCGAAGGCGUCGACUUCAGGAGCUGGAAGAAGAAGAUGCACUUCAUGCUGACAACUCUGAAAGCAGCAUACGUGCUGGGUUAUUUCGAGAAAAGAGAUAGACAAGCCGGAAAAAAAAACGCAAGGCAGCAGCAAAUAGCUGUUGGGAUCGAUGGAGCCAGCAGCGCCGCCGUGGGUGGCUGCAGAUGGCAGUGGUUGCGGCGGCGGCCGGCAGAGGUCAUUGGUGGCUGGGAUGAUCAGAAACGACCGCAUAACUCUCCAAUUUCAGUUUUGAAACCAAAUUGUGAAGCUUGCCACAUAUUCUUGUUUGGGGUUGGAAAUGUUAGUGUCAUUUGCUCUGAGCAAGAGCGAGUUGCUCUCCUCAAGUUCAAACAGAGUGUUGAAGAUCCUUUUGGAAUGUUGUCAUCAUGGGUUGGAAAUGAGUGUUGCAUGUGGGAACGAAUCCAGUGUGAUGGUGUCACUGGAAAUGUUCAACGCCUUCAUCUCAAAGGAGAUGACUAUUGCCUCUUAGUCGGUAAAAAGGUGAGCUCUUCUUUGGCAGAGUUGAGGCAUCUCAAAUACCUCGACUUGAGUCAGAAUUAUUUUCAAGGAAGUCGGAUCCCUGAGUUCAUUGGAUCAUUGAAACAGCUGACCUACCUCAAUCUCUCUGAUGCUAAUUUUGAUGGUAUUAUUCCUCCUCACAUUGGAAAUCUUUCUAAUUUAAAGGUUCUUGAUCUCAGUUCAAACUAUUAUGAAAACUUUCUGAAGGCAGAUGAUAUGGCGUGGGCUUUUAGCCUUUCGUCACUCGAGCUUCUCUACUUGAGUGCAGUGGAUCUUAGUGGAGCACAAAACUGGGACAUGAUGCUUCACAUGAUUCCCUCCUUAAAAGAGUUAAGUUUGUCACAUUGUAGACUUUCCAAUGUUAAUCUUGGUCCUUUUCCUAAUUCCAGUAGAAUACUUCCUAAUAUAAAACACCUCGAUCUUGGCUACAAUUCUUUCAAAGGUCCACUCCCUGGCCUUCUUCAAAACAUGACAUCCCUAACAUUCCUCAGUCUUUCUGGAUUUAAUCUUAGUUUGGCAUGGAACUUUCCAAACCUACUAAGCAUGAUCCCUUCUUUGUCAGAGCUUCAUUUGUCAGGUUGUAGGCUGGAUAAGAUGCAUCUAUCUUCUCCACAUCUUAAUUACAGUACACUUUCUAACAUCCAGCACCUCGAUCUUAGCAAUAAUCCACUUGGAGGUAUAUUUCCAUCUGUAUUGACAAACAUGAGCUCCCUAGAAGUCCUUGACCUUUCAGAUACCAUGUUGAAUUCAUCGCUUCCUAUUAUGCCUAAACUUCUAGAGCUUCAUCUUUCUUCUAACAAGUUUAAAGAGAUUGAGGAUGUUGGAAUCUGGAGACAGUGCCACCUGAAACAAUUGCGUGUGACAAAUAAUUUGUUCCGUAUGGAAAUGACUGACCCACCAAAAAACGCAUCAGAAUGCUCCCAAUAUUUUUUGGAGUUGCUGGAAUUAAGUCAGAGUUUAAAUGGUAGAAUUCCAGAAACACUUGGAAGACUGGUGAAUUUAAGACACCUUGAUCUAUCGUACAACAAAGUGACUGGUUCAAUCCCUGAAUCUGUAAGAGGAUUAAGAUUUUUACAAGUACUUGAUCUAUCUGAAAACCAGUUGACUGGUCCCAUUCUAGAAUUCCUUGGGAAUCUUACCCAACUUGCCCUUUCUUCUAACCAAUUGAAUGGUUCAAUUCCAGAAUCCCUUGGAAAAUUAGUAGCUUUAACAAAAUUGUAUCUACGUUCUAAUUUAUUAGACGGGACUAUUCCAGUUUCGAUUGGGCAACUUGCCAAACUCAGUCAUCUCUUUAUCUCUAACAAUUCUUUAGAAGGAGCGGUUACCGAAGCCCAUUUUGCUAAUCUUUCAGUGUUGAAGGAAUUGGAUGCUUCUUCUAAUACUAAGCUGACAUUCAAUGUUUCACGUGGGUGGAUACCUCCAUUCCAGUUGAUAUAUCUUUCUCUCAGCUCUUGCAAUAUCGGGAAUGGAUUUCCGCAGUGGCUUCAACAUCAGAGGAAACUUAAGAGGUUAGAGUUGUCCAAUGCUACACUUUCGGGGCCGCUGCCCACAUGGCUGCGGAAGAUGCCCAUCAUUAAUUUCUUAGAUCUCUCUCAUAACAAACUCAGUGGAUCUUUGAAAAACCUUCCUAAUGCAGGAAAUGGUGAUGUAUAUGGGCCUUUUCCUGCAUUACUUCUGGAAUAUAACCUUUUCAAUGGGUCGAUUCCAAGGUCAUUAUGCAGAAGAACAGAUUUGGAAGGGCUUGAUCUUUCAAGAAACAUGUUAAGUGGGAAAAUUCCCAACUGUAUGGGGAAUCUGCAGGGUUUGGCUAUCAUGAGUAUAAGCUCAAAUCAGCUCUCUGGUGCCAUUCCUAGCUCAAUUGCUCUUAUUUCAUCAUUAUUUUGGUUAAAUUUGAACAAAAAUAACUUUACUGGUGAAGUUCCUCCAGAAUUAGGGAAUCUACAAGGUUUGCGAGUCUUUGAUUUGGGUGACAAUAAAUUAUAUGGAAAUAUACCCAAUUGGAUAGGGAAAAAACUUACAUCUUUGGUAGUUCUGAGUUUAGACAAAAACAACUUCACUGGUAGAAUUCCUCCAUCUCUUUGCAAAAGUUCAAAUCUUCAAAUUUUGGAUCUUGCAUACAACAACUUAACCGGAACCAUCCCUCCGUGUGUAGGAAACUUAAAUGGCAUGGUUGUGAGUCACUCGAUAUAUGAGCAUUAUCCAGAUUUCGAUUCUGAUAAGAAUGUGAUUCAGGUCAUGAAAGGUGUUGAUCUUGAAUAUACAACAACUUGGAGUAUGGUUUAUAACAUGGACCUUUCAAGCAAUAAACUUGUGGGAGAAAUACCUGUUGAGCUCACUGCACUUUCCAUGUUGGUGGGUCUGAAUCUGUCUAAUAAUCAUCUGAGAGGGGGUAUUCCAGAGAGCAUUGGAAAGAUGAUGAAGUUGGAAACUCUUGAUUUCUCAAAAAACGAGUUGAGCGGGAGGAUCCCUUCAAGCAUGGCGGCUUUGACUUUUUUGAGCCAUUUGAAUUUGUCACACAACAACUUGUCGGAUUCAACAACAACAAGCAAGAAGAAACACAAAGCAGCUGAUGAGAAGAUGGAGGUAUGGUUGUUUUAUGUGGAUAUAAUGAGUGGUUUUGGAACAGGGUUUUGGGGUGUUAUUGGAGUUCUGAUGUUCAAGAAGCAGUGGAGACACAAACUUUUCAUGUUUGCUGAGGAAACCAUGGAUAAGAUAUACGUUGCAGUUGUGGUAAGAGUUGCCAAGUUCAAGAGAGGAAGAGAAUAG